AUGAAAAUAAAGAAAAGAUCUUUAAAAGUUGAUUUUACACCAUUUCAUGUAUUUACAAAUAAUAUAUAUUCAACAAAAUAUAUUUAUCUAUCAAAUGUCCUUACAACAUCAGGAUUUUUUAUAAUAGGUGAUGUUUUAUCACAAUAUAUAACAAGAAAUAUAAAUGAAGAAUUUAAAUUAGAUUACUCUAGAAUAUUAAGACUUUCUUUUGUUGGUGGAAAUAUAGGUCUCAUGACAACAGUAUGGUAUAAAUUUCUUGAUGGAUUUGUAAGACAUCCAAAUAGGAUAAUAAGAAAUUUUGUAAAAAUAAAAGCUGACUUUUGUAUAUCACCUAUAUUUUCAAGUUUUUGUAUAAUAACACCUAAUUUACUUGAAGGAAAAACAUUUGAAAGUAGUGUUAAAGAAUACACUUUACAAUGGAAACAUAUUUUAAAGACUGAUUUAUGUAUAUGGCCACCAUUUCAAUUUUUUAAUUUUUUUUUAUUAGAUCCAAAAUUUCGUGUUUUAUAUGUAGCUACAGUUGAUAUUAUUUACAGUUGUUGUAUGAGUUAUUUUGCCAACAAGAAUAAUCCCUCAAAAAUAUGUUAA